AUGUCAACAAAGAAGAAGGCCAAAAAGCAAGGGAAAAUGGGCCGAUUCAAAGCCAGCAAUCUCCACAAGGUGUUGCCUGAAGAAACCAUCAAAGGGAUCAAGGAAGGAAAUGUGGAUCUUAUAACAAAAACUGCUCAGGAUCUUGCCGUGAAUCGAGUUCUUUGCAGGUUUGGCAGCUACGACGACACGGCAGAAGAAGCUCCGCACAUCAUGUUUAGGUCUAUCGCUACAGGACUUGCAAAGAUGGCAUUUGGAGCACCGGGUUCUGAGAAAGACCAAGACCAUAGAGUCAGCAUUGCCAUUGUAAAGCUUGCCAAAAGCUUGUGGUCGGCAUUCGCGGAUUGUAUACUCGCCUCGCCAUCGGGGGAAAUGGUUCAUGCGUCGCAGUGGAUUGCUUUGGUGAAAGCUUGUCAAGGGGAGCAUGAUUCCUUGCUUGCCAGUUGGUCGCAUGAGAUAUUCCAAAUCACAGGACAUGGUCCUGUCGACAAUUCAUGUGCUUACCAGACAACAUUCGAUCAUUUCAAAUCAGUUGUUGAGGAAUUCGGUCUACCUCACGUACAGAAUGUAUGUGAAGACUUUGAGAAUGAAUUCAAACAUGCAACACUCGCAUGUGCAGGUGUGGCUGCCGGCUUGGGCAACUUCCGAGAGACAUGCUGGGAAUGUGACAAAUAUUUUGAAGGAGUCCAGAAAUGUACUGGAUGCAAGGCUGCCAGGUACUGCAGCUCUGAAUGCCAGAAAAAGAGCUGGAAAGGUGGUCACAAAACCAAAUGCAAAAUACUGGAGAAGCAAUACCAAGCACUACAGAGCAAUGAAAAGGUGAUUUCCAAAGCCGUAAAAGCAGGAUCCAUUGCAUUGUCGUCAACAAUCCAACCAAAUCCUCAUAUGGAUUCGAUGGUUCUUGGCCGCCUGUUCAAUUUCUUGGCUCAGCUUGGUCGCAAGGAUGUCAUGAAUCUCUCCACCGACGGCUCAUACAUGACCAAGGCUUACGAAGCAAUCCAAGACAUACAAAACGGAGGCCGCCAUUUCGCACUUGUGGACUCGAACACAAAGAAGACGUCCAACACGGAAGCCGUACAAGAUAUCCGGGACGACGAAGUGGACUACAUUCUGACAGCGAUUUUCGCGAUGGCGGUAGUCUCACGCUGUGAAUCUCAAGGCGUCAAUUUGCCGGAUCCGGAUGGGCCGGAUGGGCUCCGUGCCGCUUUUGAAGCGCGCCUGGGUGAUGGGAAACUGAUGACAACUGAACGCUUCCUCGAGAUCUACAAGAAUUACGUCGAUACGGAGUUGGCCUUCCACGAAAUCUCAGAUUUGUGCAACUGGGACUUCCGGGAUUACAAGUUGUUCGCAGUUCUCCGCGAUGAGCACCACAAAUAG